AUGAAGUCAUCAGUCCUUUACUUCAUUCUCUUUGCAACGACACUCGCUUUCGAGAUCCCGGUAAAACGAUUGGUCGGAGAGCCAGAACCGUUCGCUUCUGGAGUUCCAAUCGACCGUGAUGUGGGAUCAACCGUCUAUAUAGGAACUGUCUCCAUCGGGAAUCCGGGCCAAGACUUUAAUGUUGCGUUUGAUGUAAACAGUGCCGCCUUAUGGGUCCCAGAUUCCGCGUGCUCUUGCGGGAUUCAAUGUGAAAGCAGUGAGUCAAAUAAACGACAAUAGCACGAUCAACCUUGUGAUUUGUACGCGUUUUAGAGCAGCUAUGCCCACAACUCUGCGCUGCUCAUUGUUGUACUACCAUCACCAAUCUUAUUGGCACAAAAGCAAAGGGCACUUGCACCAAGAAGAAUAUUUUUGACGCCUCAAAGUCAAGAAGUUAUGUCAAAAGUAAGAUUUUUUUGCAGGAACUUUUUAUUCAUUUUUUGAGUUUCUAACUAAAGUUUAAUAAAACUUCUUGCUGUUCUCCACAUGCUUUACCAAACGAUUUUGCAGCCUCAGGCAAGAUCGAAGUCAGCUUCCUCAACGAAACUGUAGACGCAACUUUGGCGUACGACACGUUCCGCAUUGGCUCCCAUUACCGACCGGGGCCAACCUCGGACAACGUUCAGUUCGCUUUGGUCAAGGACUUCCCCGAAUCCUACCAGAAAGUCAACUACGACGGGGUGUUUGGCAUUGGCUUGGCGGUCGGCAACGCUCUCUCUUCUCCCAUAAAGCAAAUGGCUGAGCAUGGGGUGAUCCCGAAACCUUUACUAACGGUUUAUUUACUCCCGUUAGAUGCAGACAACGUUGUCGAUGGGGUUCUGACUUUGGGUCAAGUUGAUCUUCAACGUUGCGAUAGAGUGGAGAAUUUCAUCCAAGUGGAAAAACGGGAAGGCUGGGUUUUUAGUUCCCCAGUGUUCAACGCGUCCUCUUCGGCGAGUGUUUCGGAUCCCGGUUGGAAGGUAAAGCUAUUGUUGAAGGCUUGGAACUCCAAAUGAAAGUUUAUUAACAGGGGAAGUACUCCAAGUGCGACGCUCAGAUUUUCUUUAAAUUUUGCACACACGUCGGGUAUGAACUAAGUAUAUAUCAAUUCCUGAAAGUUUUAGCUCGUGCAUUGCGGGCGCCGCCGAGAAUUCGAACGAUUUUUGCCGCCGAGAGAGCACGCUAAACGUGGAGAGCGGUCAGAAAGAAAAGCGCAUUUUGGCCAUAACUUUAGCAGUUUCGUGCGGAAAAAUUUGAUUUUUUGUAGAAAAAUUAUAUUUUACGGUCGAAAUGGGCAUGAAACUUUUCGUGCCGAAAUUCGACAAAAAGACCUAAAUUUUCUCAGAAAAAAAGUUAUUCUAAAUUUGUGCCAAGUUUCAUCCAAAUCUGAGCGUCGCACUUGGAGUACUUCCCCUGUAAGCUCAAUGUUUAACCUAGUGGCUUUAAGGGAACAUUCGACUUCUCCACUGACUACAUUCACAUUCCGCCGAAGGCUUUCACCGCCGUUAUCUCAUCUCUAUCCGCGAAAAUCGACGAAGAAGGUCGCGUUGUAUUUGCUUGCAACCGAGCCACCACAUUUGUCUUCAAUAUUGGAGGACAGCCGAUUCUAGUGCCGAGCACUGAGCUCACCGUACCUUGGGGCGGCGGAAACUGUCUAUUAAAGCUGAAACAAAUCAGUCCCCACGACAACUACGCCUUCCGAUUCGGAGCCAUUGCACUGGCGAAACAUUGUGUUGUCUUCGAUUUCAACGGAAGGCUGGCCUUGCCCAAGAAGAAGGCUAAAACGAGCUCCUAA